AUGCCCGAAUCUCGCUCAACAGAACCGCUCGUAUGGAUCGACUGCGAGAUGACGGGCCUCGACCCUGACACCGACACCAUCCUGUCUCUCGCCUGCUUCAUCACCGACGCCCAGCUCAACCUUGUCGACGCACAAGGCUACGAAGCCAUCAUCCGCCACUCGCCCGCUCAAAUGGACAGCAUGGGCGACUGGUGCAAAGCCCACCACGGCGCCAGUGGCCUCACACAAGCAUGUCUAUCAUCGACCACCGCCGCAGCCACCGCGGCCGAGGAACUCUUCGCCUACAUUCGCCAGCACGUCCCGGAGCCGCGUCGCGCUCUGCUGGCGGGCAACACGGUGCACGCGGACAAGGCUUUCCUCCUCAAAGCACCGUGGAGGAAGGUGGUCAAGCAUCUGCAUCACCGCAUUCUGGACGUCAGUGCGAUCAAGGAGGCCGCCCGCCGCUGGGCGCCAGAGGAGCUGCUGCAGUCCAGCCCGCAAAAGGCCGGCAAACACGAGGCCAAGGCGGACAUCUUGGAGAGCAUUGAGGAAGCCCGGUAUUACCGCAAGAGCUUUUUUCUUACGAAGACAUGA